AUGAUAGCGAAUGACUCCAAGCGCUACAGCAAUUGUGAGGAAGGCCAGUUUCAGUGCAAUAACAGAAGGUGUAUACCGACCAUAUGGAGGUGUGAUGACGAUGACGACUGCUCAGACAACAGCGACGAGGAAAACUGUGCCAGGAAGACGUGUGCCCCGGCAGAGUUUGCCUGUGCCAACGGCCAGUGUGUACCAGGCCGCUGGCGCUGUGAUGGGGAACCAGAGUGUCCCGACGGCUCGGAUGAGGCAGACGCCACAUGCAGCAAACAGACGUGUCCUCCGGAGAAGUUUGGCUGCGGCGGCUCCACCAACAAGUGUGUCUCGUUGUCGUGGCGAUGCGAUGGCGAGCGGGACUGCGAGAACGGGGCGGACGAGGAGGACUGCGCCGCCGGCAACAAAGCCUGCCCGAAAAGCCAGUUCCAGUGUGCCAACCGCAAGUGCCUGGCACCUGUCUACGUGUGCGACGGCGAUGACGACUGCGGCGACGGCUCUGACGAACUCAAAUGCUCCGACCGCCACUCGCCAACGAACACCUGCGGCCCGCACGAGUUCCGCUGCAACACCUCGGAGUGCGUGCCCGUCAUGUGGAGCUGUGACGGCGACCCCGACUGCCCCGACGGCUCUGACGAGUGGCCGGAGCGUUGCGGCCGCGAAGGUUCACAUCCACCACGCAGGGUGAACUGUACGAUGGAGGAGUUCCGGUGCGCCAACGGGGAGUGUGUGAGGCUGCCGUGGAAAUGUGACGGCGAUCCGGACUGCAAGGAUAAGUCAGACGAGGCAGAAUGUCGGCUCAAUGAGUGCUCACUCAACAACGGCGGCUGUUCUCACAUCUGCCAGGAUCGACCAAUAGGCUACGAGUGCCAGUGUCCCACCGGGUACAAGCUACUGGACAAGAGGACGUGUGGAGGGAAGUCUCCCUACCUGCUGUUCACCAACCGCCAGGAGAUCCGUCGUGUAGACCCGGUGAAGAGGGACUACCGCCAGGUGCUGGCCACCCAGAAGAAUGCUGUGGCGCUGGACAUAGAUGUGGCCAAUAACCGCCUGUUCUGGUGCGACCGCUUCCACCGUAACAUCUACAGUGCUCUGAUCCCAGAGGCGGGCGACCCGUCCCAGCAGGUGACCCUGGUGGACUCUGGCUCUCUCCUCUCCCCCGAGGGCCUGGCUCUGGACUGGGUCCAACACAACCUCUACUGGACCGACUCGGGCCACAAGACCGUGUCGGUGGCCUCGGCCUACGACGGCCUCAAGAGGAGGGUCCUGGUGGACACGGAGCUCAGCGAGCCCAGAGCCAUAGCACUGGAUCCACAGCAUGGGUUCAUGUACUGGACUGACUGGGGCACCCGGGCCAAGAUUGAGAAGGCUGGGAUGAAUGGGGUGGACCGACAGGUCUUGGUGUCAGAUAACAUCGAGUGGCCCAACGGCAUCACCCUGGACGUAGCCAACAGGCGUCUUUACUGGGUAGACUCCAAGCUGCACCUGAUCUCCAGUGUGGACUUGAACGGGGCUCAUCGCAGGACACACCUGUCCUCCUCAGAGAGACUGGGACACCCCUACGCACUGGCCGUGUUCGAGGACCGUAUCUACUGGACAGACCGGGAGAGAGAGGCGGUGUACAGCGCUAACAGGCUAACCGGCCAGGACAUCAGCACAGUGGCCGAGCACCUCAAAGACCCUCACGACAUAGUGGUCUUUCACCCGCUCCGCCAGCAACCAGGCCCAGACAGCUGUAACCUGGGCAGUGAGGACAACGGUGGCUGUGAGUACCUGUGUCUCAAAGCCCCCCAGAUCACAGAGCACUCCCCCAAAUACACCUGCGCCUGCCCCACAGGACAGGACCUGGGCCCCGAAAUGCGUGCCUGCAUGCCAGCAAAUGAGACUACUACCACAUCAUCGCCUGUGGCCAUCACCACGGCCGCCAACGACAAGGACUCCCCUCGCACUUCUGGGUCGUCCCAGGCAGACGCCGGGGUGCCCCACCUCAUCCCAGCCCCCUCCAGCACCCCAGAGCCUCCCCUUAGCUCAAAAUCUGGGGUGGAGGAGAAGGAAGGCCGGGGUUUGGAUCCCACUGCUGCCACCAAAAUCAUGGUCACCUCCACCACAGUAGGCUUCGUCGUCAAGGAGGACAGCAACCUCUCCCACCACUCUGGAAGUGAGCAUUUCCUCCUGGGUGAGAACCUGACAGUGGCAGUUCUGGGAGUAGUGAUCCCCAUAGUUCCUAUUGUUGCCACAGUGAUCUUCGGCCUGCUCUGCACCGGCGUCUACCUGGUUUGGCGGAACUAUCGUGUAAACUCUACCAAGAGUAUGAACUUUGACAACCCCGUUUACCGCAAGACCACAGGCGAGGGCGAAGAGGACGAGAUUCACAUCGGACGGACGGACAGUGGCAUGAGCGGCCAGCACGGGCAUCACCCGUACCCAGUUGGAGUGGGGUGUGGCGUAGUCGGCGGGGGCGGAAAUACAUGCCCACAGUUCAUUGCGCUGCCACUGGGUGGCAGUAUGCCCGAUCCGGGAACUCAUUGGUACACGGAGCAGCCUAUACUGUCUACUACGGCGAAAUGAGUAUGGAGACAAGACAAGAUGGCCGCUCAGGAGGUUAAUUUUCAAGAUGGCCGCCGCUCAGGCACACGCACACACAGCACUGAGGUUACGGGUCACUCAAGCUGACUGACUGUUGAAUGGAUGGACAUAUGAUGUUAUGAUAUCAUCACAUCCAGCCAUUCAAGUCCAUGAUGUGCCAGUUCAUUACACAGGAUUGACAGUUUUACACUUUCUACGUUUUUUAAAUGUGAUGUCAGAGUUUGGGUGGGUUCCAUUUGAAUUCCUGUCAAUUUAGAAAAUUGAUAAGAAUUCAAGUUCAUGAAUUCUCUACGUAUCAAUUGAAUUUAGAUACAUUUCCUCACGGGACUUGAAAAGGAGUCAACUCCAAUUCUGUAUGUUAUUCAUCCACUUUUGAUCAACCUAAGCAGUGUUCUGUGUUAUAUGUCUCACGUUUAAGGGCGAGAGGAGUUCCAAAAUAUUAUUUUAGUCCUUGACGUUUUAAAUGUAGGCUCUCCAUUUUAUUUCCCUGGUGGAACCUCAUUUUCUGGAGAGACUUUUUAGGAGGAGGUUUAAACCACGGCAGCACCUUAGUAGAUGGGACAAUCCGUACGGUUUUAAGAUAUUAAUUCAACAUGUUUUAUUGCUCACCUCAUUAUUACUAAAGAUGUCAUAGGGUUUAGUUAUUCUGGUCAGGGCAUUUGUCUUGGAGUGGACUGAAAGGUUUAAGAGAGAGGUUGCUGUGUGUGGGCUUGUGUGUGAGUGUGAGUUUGCUUGUCUGUCCCAGCAUUUGUGUGUGCAUUUACGUGUGUGUAAGCCUCUGUGUGUACUUUUUUUUCAAAGCAUCCUUGUUGAUAUCCUGUGAAGUACAGUUGAGCCCGUGGCAGAAACCUCUUUGAUGUUUUCUUUAUUGAACCACAAAGGCUUUCAGAAGGCAAGCAGGGCAUAGGAGGGUCAAGGAGAGAUUUUAGUGGGAUCCAAACUGAAAAACUGAUGGCUUAGCGAGAGAAGCCUUUGUAAUUAUUAAGGGUGGCCUGGAUUUAUAGGCCCAGUGAAAAUACGUCUAACUAGCAGCUAAUGGCCAAGGGUAUCUGUGUUAGGCAUGAUAAUGACAACAGAGUUGGCUAAAACCGAAAUAGCUAGCUUUCUGGCUAGCAUGCUGGUUAUUAAGGCUAAAGCAGAAAUAAAUAGCUUUCUGGCUAGCAUGCUGUUUAUCAAGGCUAAAGCGGAAAUAAAUAGCUUUCUGGCUAGCAUGCUGUUUAUCAAGGCUAAAGCAGAACAGCUCAGCUUUCUGGGUAGCAGGCUAAUGUGUAUCUAGGCUAAACCAGAAUGGCUAGUGGCUACCAGGCUAAUUGUUAGCUAUUAUUCUUCUCUCCUUUUUAGCUGUUUUCCAUGGCCAUAGGGUAGUGGUUGGUAAAUGUGUCAUCUGUUUUUGAUGAUUUUAUUCUCCAUCUGCUCUCUUUGUCAGUAAACUCACACACACAGUCACUCACCCUUGAUAGAUCACACACAGGCAUGCAUAUUCACUCACCCUUCACAAGCACUCCACAAACGCCUCUGUCCUCGUCCUUUGAGCAGAUGUCAUUGUGAGCUUUCAUACAGGAGGACCUCAGUAGGAGGUCUUUCAUACAGGAGAACCUCAGUAGGAGGUCUUUCAUACAGGGGAUCUCAGUAGAGGUCUAUCAUACAGGAGGAUCUUAGUAGGAGGUCUGUCUACAAGAGGAUCUAUUAGGAGGUCUAUCAUACAGGAGGUCUAUCAUGCAGGAGGAACUCAGUAGGAGGUCUUUCAUACAGGAGAACCUCAGUAGGAGGUCUAUCAUACAGGAGGAUCUUAGUAGAGGUCUGUCAUACAGGAGGAACUCAGUAGGAGGUCUGUCAUACAGGAGGAACUCAGUAGGAGGUAUAUCAUACAAGAGGAUCUCAUUAGGAGGUCUAUCAUACAGGAGGUCUAUCAUGCAGGAGGAACUCAGUGUAGGUUGAUUGCUGAAAAGGCUCUGUCAGGUGAUUUGGUGGCCGAGGCCACGUGGCAGAUUUAGAUUUCGUCACAAAUGGCACCCUAUUCCCUUAAUAGUGCACUACUUUGACCAGGACCCAUAGGGAAACCCAUAGGGCUCUGGUCAAAAGUAGUGCACUAUAUAUGGAAUAGGGUGCCAUUUGGUAUGCAAUUUUCAACAGUAAUGUGGUUCAGUCAGGUUGGAUCCUCCUGUCAGUAAACACGGCCCUCCUUUAUCCCCCUGUCCUUUUGUCCCCCUCUCUUUUGUCCCCCUGUCCUUUUGUACCCCUCUCUUUUGUCCCCCUGUCCUUUUGUCCCCUCUCCUUUUGUGCUGUCUGUCACACACUAUUGCUCCGCUGUGUGGGGUAAUAGACAUUUCAGAGUCCCUUCCAUUGUUGUAUUUUGUUCACGGAGACCGACAGGAUGGAAUGGGAAAGAGUGAGAUGGAGGGUGUGUGUUUGUUUAUGUUCAUCCCACAGCCAUAUUGAAAACGUUUUGUAGCUCUGUGUUGCCCAGCCCUCUCAGAAUGUGUUGUGUGUAAUGCAUGGGGAAACAUAAGGUGUGUGUG